AUGGGGUGCACAGUGCCAAGAGCCCUCCUUCUGUUGCUGGCAGCCACCCUGUCCCCAACUCUGGCCCUCUCGGGUGAGUACCAAGUGGAGAGAGAAACCAUUUCUGAAGGAAGAAAAGGGGUCACUGGGUUGGGACAGUACCUGGAAAGCCAUGUCUCCGCCCUCGCCCAACGAGCCCUCCCUUCUCCCGGAGAUGGGCAGUCAGUUCCAAGCUCCCUUCUCUCCACGUUUGGACCUGCGCCCCCUGCACACCUCCCACGGGGUGCACCUGUUCCUCGAUCUGGCCGGAUGCAGGGUCACCGCGCGCCACUCUUAGGCUCACACUCCCUGCGUUAUUUCUCCACCGCCUUCUACAAUCCUGGCAACGGUGAACCUCGGGUCAGGGUCGUCGGCUACGUGGACAACACACAGAUCUUGAGCUUUGACAGCGACAAUGAGAGUCAGCGAGUGGAACCGCGGGUGCCAUUUAUGGCGCAGGAUCCUGAGCAUUUGGAUGAAUUGACGCGUCUCGGCAGGCGCAUCUUAAUAAUUGGCCGAAUCGAACUGAGGAUCCUGUUCAACUACCGUAGCAAGAGAGAGAAUGGGUCUCACACUAUCCAGGAGAUUUGCGGCUGCGACAUCGGGCCAGACCACCACCUACUCCGUGGGUAUAAGCAGAUCGCUUAUGAUACCCAGGAUUACAUCUCUCUGACUGAGGACCUGCGCUCCUGGAUCGCAGUGGAUACCAAGGAGGCUCAGAGCACCAGGCGCAAGUGGGAGGCAGCUGGGUUUGCAAGGCCAUGGAAAUCUUUCUUUGAAGGAAGGUGUGUGACUUGGCUUCUCAAAUACCUGGAUAAAGGGAAGGAGAUUCUGCAGCGUGCAGAUCCUCCAAAAACAAAUGUGACUCAUCACCCCAGACCUGAAGGAGGCGCCACCCUGAAGUGCUGGGCCAUGGGCUUCUACCCUGCGGACAUCACCCUGAUCUGGCAGAGGGAUGAGGAGGACCUGACACAGGACAUGGAACUUAUUGAGACCAGACCUGCAGGGGAUGGAACCUUCCAGAAGUGGGCAGCUGUGGUGGUGCCUUCAGGAGAAGAGCAGAGAUACACAUGUCAUGUGCUGCAUGAGGGGCUGCCUGAGCCCCUCGUCCUGAAAUGGGAGCCUCCUCCAUCUCCCGCCAUCCCCAUAAUGGGGAUCAUUGCUGGUCUGGUUCUCCUUGGAGUGUUGGUCUCUGGAGCUGUGGCUGCCAUUGUGAUGAGGAAGAGUACAGUAGGUUCUCACUCUGUACCCCAGGCUGGUCUGAAUCUCACCAUGUAACUGCGACAGCAAAUCUUCAGAGCCAGCUGGAUUGGAUUUCGAAUCUCCAAGAACUUGCAAUUCUGGAAAUGUCUGUGAAGUUGUUUCCGGAGAAGAUUAACUCAGCAGAGGAGGAGGCUAUUGAAUGUGGGUGAAACAGCCCAUGAUUUGGGGGUCCAGACUGAAGAAAGGAGAAAGAAAAGGAGAAAACCAGAUUAGAGCCAGCGUCCCCACACUCUGCUUCCUGAUGCAUGGAGAUGUGAGUCAUCCCAGCCGCAGCUCCAGCUGCCAUGAACUCCACCCUG